AUGAUGGAAGAGGAGAGCGCUAUGGUUCAGCCCUUAGGAGUCGCACCCUCUGUUUCCCCAGCAGCUGGUCUGGUAGCAACAUCUCAGUCAGAUGCUGCACCCAUGUCGCACGCUGUGCCUCCCGCGGCUGUAACCCAAACAGGCAGCGCAGCGUGCGUUGGCGAUGCAAUCAACGCGCCCGAUCGCCUCGUGGAAAUCAAAGCUGAAGAGGAUGAACUUUUGUCAAUUUCAUCAGAGAGUUUCUCGGAGACGUCUUCAAUCGACAUCCCUGAUAGUUCCCCCGAGCUCGAGUCAGGGAUGCAUGCGGAACACGAGGAAACUCCCUCGACUGCUCUGGCGCGUGCUACCUCGCCGGCUGUUCAAAGCAUGGCUGGCGCCGCUCAGUCUACAACAUUGUCACGCCGAGAUGAUGCGCCUCAUAACACGGCGCACGACCAGACGGUAGCGACUAAAGACGCCAAAGGUAAUCCAGACCAUAAAGUCUUUAGGACCGAGUUAGAUCAGUUAUUGCUCGCGAUGACGAUUUGGCGGGACGUAGAUUGGCGUCAGGACCCCAGACCGUGUCCCAACAAACAAAAAUAUCGCGCCGCAUUCACUCAGCAGGUGGGCCGGGUUGUCCCCAGCGAUCGAACCUGUUCCGGAUGCCGCGCAGGCAAUGGGCCUUUCAAGUCGUGCUGCGUUGUGGUCCCCGCGGGCACGCCGCUCUUCAGAGGCGCUUGUGCCAAUUGCGCUUUCUUACAGAAUGGGACUUCGUGCUCGUUGCGGUCUGGGCCUAAUCCGCUUGCAUCAUUCGUGAACGACGCUCUACCAAAGAGAGCCCCCCGACGCGCAGUCCCCUUGGAAGCUCGUGAGACCCAGACUCAGCCGAAGAAGGCUCGAAGAAAUUCUAACCAAUCAACUCGGAAAGGAGUCACAAACCAUCAAAUCAACUCCGGCGGCGAGGAUGAGUACUCGGUCCAGAACGGCGAAGAAACCACAAACUCGCCUGAGAAUUGUCAAGGCACCGAUACCAAGUCCACAAGUCGGUUUUUCAAAAAUGCCUGGCUGACGUCUCCUUUGGGCGACCCUGCUGUCUGGGCGAAAGACGGGGAUUUCUCUGCUACGCGCGAGGCACUCCGGUCUAUUCCAGCUAUGAUGGAGAGUCUCAAUCGUGAUCAAGCGGUUCUAGAGAAGUAUCUGGAAGACCACGAUCAAUUGACGACACCUCCACCGCCCAAUAUUGAAGAAGACGACACAGAGAAUCCAUUCUUGGCAUAUCUCUAA